AUGGUGGUGGUGGUGGUGCUGGUGGUGCUGGGUGCCAGCUCCAAGAGUCCAAGAGGGACCGAGCCACCCCAAGUUAUAAGCCCAUGGCUGGGAGGAGCCAGUCUAGGAGUGGAGGAAGUCACCUGCAGCCUGGCUGACAGGGAGCUCCCCGGGGGCAAAUGGAACCCAGUCCCUGAAAAGCCACCCUCCUCGGCCGACCUGUCCCACCACCAGUGGCGGACCUACAUUUUGGGACCUGUGUAUCCUGGCCACCGGGAGGGCAAUCCCUUCGGCAUCCUGCAGGCGCCGCACCCGUCUUUCUUCACCCGGGAUGAGAUACUUAGGAUCCAUAAGAGAGUGGAGGAUGGUGGUCAACAGGGAGCUGGUGUCUCGCCAGGCUGCAACACCACGCCCGUCCACAGUGACUUCCUUACAGCGGCGCGAAGGAAUACAUUCUGCGUUGAACUCAGGAGGAGUGGGGUGGGGGCCCACUGGAAUCUUAUGAGCUCCCCCUGGAACAUCAUGAUCAAGCACCGGCUGGUGCAGCGGCGCGGGCGGCGCUCGCAGAUGAUGAGCAGUUUCACAGACCCCGUGGUUUCCAUGGACCUCCUGCGAGCUGUUCUGCAGCCCACGAUCAAUGAGGAGAUCCAGGCUGUCUUCAAUAAAUACAUGAAGUUCUUCCAGAAGGCUGCCGGCAACGUGCGAGAAAACGUUGGGGAAGACGUGGACACCGAGCAGCUCAUCCAGGACACGUGUCGGAGCUGCCUGGAGCAGGCCAAACUCCUCUUCUGUGACGGCAAGAAGUCGGUGGCAAGGCUGCCCCACGACAUGCCAGCGAUGAAGGUAGAAACCGGCCUCCCUCCAGCAAAGGCUGGGGCUCAAGGCAUCGCCAGGGUCACCUGCCGAGGAGCCCGUGGCCAGAAGCCCCCAGCGGACGACGAGCUCAGCCAGCAAGGGAGCCCCAUGCCCAAAAAGCGGAAGGGGCGGCCUCCCGGACAGAGCCAGGUGAACGAGCGAGGGACUACGGGGACAAGCAUGUGGAAGACGAAGUCCUGCGAGCCGCUGCAGAGGGACGGGCCCAAGUGGAAUCCCUCGCGGAUCACAGAGGGCACCGCCUUCGUCCUUGGCUCAAGAGCAAACAAGGCCCUUGGGAUGGGAGGAACCAGAGGCCGACUGUACAUCAAACACCCGCACCUGUUUAAGUACGCGGCCGACCCCCAAGACAAGCACUGGCUGGCUGAGCAGCAGCACAUGAGGGCCACGGGAGGCAAGAUGGCUUACCUCCUGUUGGAAGAGGAUAUCCAGGAUCUGGUUGCCAGUGACGAGUACAGAGGGUCUCUUGACUUGAAACUGGAGGAGCUGAAGCCCUUUGUCCCGCCCCCGUGGAUGACUGUCAAGAUGCGGAAGUACAUGGAGCAGCUCCGUUGCGAAGGGGAGCAGCCGCCGACACCCGCGGAGGGGGGGCUGCCCGACACCUAGGCAGCGGCUACACUGGACUUCAGGCCUUUGGCCUGCUUGAGGCGCCCACGG